AUGUGUGCUAAUUUACCGGCAAAAAAUAAGGAAGAUAAAUGGCCUGAGACAAAUGUGCCAUGUGAAAGAAUACACGUAGAUUUUUUAGAAUUUGAAAGGAAAAAUCACUUUAUUAUGGUAGAUGCUGGUUCAAAAUGGAUAGAUUGUCAACAGGUAUUUGGCCUAUCUACAAAAGUAGCGUUGAAUAAGUUAAAAGAUUUUGUAAGUAAAUAUGGAUUAAUGAAGACAUUAGUAUCUGAUGGUGGUCCAGCGUUCAGAGGUAGAGCAUUUGAUAAGUUUUGUGAUAGAUGGAAGAUUGAACAUUUAUUAUCUCCACCACAUUAUUCAAGAAGUAAUGGACAAGCUGAACGAAUGGUAGCUAUCGUUAAAAAUUGGUUAAAAAAAGAAAGAUAUGGAGAGGGAAAAUGGUGGUUAUUGUUAUUAGCAUAUAACAAUACUAAGACUAGCAAGGGGACUUCUCCAGCAGAGAUGUUUUUAGAUAGAAAAACAAGAACUGAAUUAGAUUUUUUGAAAGAAAAAGAAAAGCCAAAAGAUAUUCCUUAUUGUGAGAAAUUUAAGGUUGGUAGCUUAGUUUGGAUACUACUUUUUGAUGGUCCAAUUAAAUGGGGGAAAGGUAUAGUAAGAAGAAAUAUAGGAAGAAGAAAGGUAGAAGUAGAAAUUGAAGGACAAGCCGAAAUGGCGUCGUAUUUUAGAAUUGGGAAUAAGAUCCUUAAAAUAGAAAUUAGAGAAAUAGACGGGACGGUGGAAUCCAGAAGAUGGUUAGACGCGGCUAGGGAAGAAGCUCAGAAUCGUUACGGUGAGAUGUUGCAAGAACUAACAAGAGUAACAGAGAGACGAUGGGUGCCCGAAGGUUCCAAGAAAAGGAAGACCGAUUGUUGGUCAUGCGGAGGCAAUCACCUAAUGCGAGUUUGCCCGUCAUUAUAUGUAGCUAAUGACAGUUCGGUAGUAUCCCGGCCCAUUCAAGAAGAGGUGAUUAAAGGGAAUUUAGCUGAAGAGUCAAUAGAAUAG